AUGCCUUGCUGUGAAUUAAUAACAAACGUAAACCUCCCUGAUGAUAAUGUUCAAAGUACAUUAUCUCAAAUAGAAAAUGCAAUUUCUGAUGUUAUGGGGAAACCACUUGGUUAUAUUAUGAGUAAUUAUGAUUAUCAAAAAAACUUAAGAUUUGGAGGUAGCAAUGAAGCUUACUGUUUUGUAAGAGUAACAAGUAUUGGAGGAAUUAAUAGAUCAAAUAAUUCUGCUCUUGCUGAUCAAAUAACAAAACUACUUGUAAGCAACUUGAAUGUAAAAUCUAGACGUAUUUAUGUAGAAUUCAGAGAUUGUUCUGCUCAGAACUUUGCCUUCAGUGGUUCUCUAUUCGGCUAG